AUGAUGGAUUCGGAUCAAUAUUUGAUUCAGCAACUGAACAACAAUUUCAUCAAACGGCCAGUGUUGAUUGACGGAUUGAUAAUAGCAAACUUGAAUGACUACAAUCCCUCUGAUUUCUUCCCAGAGCAACCAAACAGUGGUAUAAUGAAAGGAUGUUAUGUUUUAAUGCCCAGGCGUCCAUCGAAUGGCAUAAUCUGCACGCCAGCCCAACCAGGCUAUAGGCACAAAACAAACUGGAAGAUGAUUGAAUAUAGGCUGCUACAACAUUACUGCUCAAUUGAAUGUAACCACAUGAAAGGAGGGUUGCAGCGGGAUGAUUGGGUUCUGGGUAAAGUUUAUGAGGAUUUUGAUCCAGAAGCUCUAUCUUCACAGAUGGGUACAAUGGAUAUUCACUAG